GUUAUUCCUGGACUAAGGAAGACUUGAAGUGCUGCUUUGCCCUGCAAUACCUAACUUAUGGAUGAGGAGACAACUUCAGUCUGCCAGCCUUUGCAGAGUUUUGAUUUGAUAGGACAAGAACGGCGAGGGCAUUAGGACCAAGAGAAAGACGCACACAUUGCUCUGUGUUAUGUCUGGCAAAGUGCUUCCUGACUGAGCGCUGCAGUUAUGUGUGAAACAAAGUCAGGGACCGACUAGUUCUCAUCUGUUGAUCACAGUUAACUUGAAGCCUCAGAACGGGGGAGAGCUGUCAGAUCUGCUUUCAGAGAUAAGGCGCUUCAACCCAGGCAGCCACGGAAAACUUUGAAGAAGCAAGAACUCCCCUGGAAGGAAACUAUAAGGAACGGGAUUUCUUUUCUACUUAGAAUUUUAAAAGGAAAAAAAAAAAAAAAGAAAAAAAAGCAAACCUUUAGUUUCUCCUUUCAUCGGCUAAACCUGCGCUUUUCUAACCAAGCUGGGACGCUGUGAAAUAAAGGAUCUACUUUAUCUUACUGAAUCCAUGCUGCAUUUUACUACAGUAAGUGCAACAUUAACAAGACUUUUAUAUUUUGUCUGUAAAUAGAAAGCAUGAAACGGCACCAGUGAAAUGUGAGGGGAGCAAAAAAAAAAAAAAACCAAAAAAAAACCCUCUUGGCAGAUAGUGAAAACCAGGGCUUUGCUGCAACCCGAGGACCGGAGCCUGAGAAAGAUCCAAGCGAUAUUUAACAUGACCAUCUGUAUAAUUUUGUCACCAACAGUAUGUUCUUGAGGAAGAGGUGCAGAUAUGGAUCACGAAAGCUGCAGUUUCUCUUGCUGCUGCUGAUGCUGGGCUUUCUGCUCCUGAUGGUUACAAUGCUGAACCCACCCCCCAGCAACCCGAGCAAGGACGGGACUUUCGAGCCCGUGGAGUUCAACCCCCGGGACGGGGAUCAGAUGGACUCUGCGGAGACCCAAGAGCUGCUGGAGACCCAGGAGGAGAGCCAGCAGUACUACCCUUUGGAUGGGCUACCACCCUUCAUCUCCCUGCGGGAGGACGAGCUGAUCGCGGCCGUGGCGUCGCCCGCCGGCAAGCGCAACCACAGCAAGGCCAGGAGGGGCUACCGCCUGCUGAGGCAGCCCAGCCGGCGCCCGCAGCCCAGGGCAGAGGGAGACCCGCGGCCCCUGUCCCUUCCCCCGCAGGCUGGGGAAGGGGCGGCCGCGGGCGAGCGGGGCCUGGAAACCCACGGCUUCAACCAGGCGCUGAGCGAGCGGCUCUCCCUGCGCAGGGAGCUGCCUGAGGUACGACACCCGUUGUGCCUACAGCAAGAGUAUGACUCCAGUCUGCCUACUGCUAGCAUCAUCAUCUGUUUCCAUGACGAAGCCUGGUCUACUCUGCUGAGAACUGUGCACAGCAUUAUCGACACAGCCCCAAAGGCCUCCCUCAAGGAUAUCAUCCUAGUCGAUGAUCUCAGCCAGCAAGGGCCCCUGAAGUCAGCUCUGAGUGAAUACAUCUCUAAGCUGGAUGGUGUGAAACUCAUCCGGAGCAACAAGAGGCUUGGAGUCAUCCGAGGUCGGAUGCUAGGAGCUGCACGGGCAACUGGGGAUGUGCUCAUCUUCAUGGAUUCACACUGCGAGUGUCAGAAGGGCUGGCUGGAACCCCUCCUAGCCAGGCUGUCCAGCAACCGAAACAGUGUCGUCUCCCCUGUCAUAGAUGUCAUAGACUGGAAGACUUUUCAGUACUAUCACUCUGUGGGCCUGCAUCGAGGUGUUUUUGAUUGGAAACUAGAUUUUCAUUGGGAACCAGUGCCAGAGCAUGAAGAGAAGGUACGACAGUCUCCCAUCAGCCCUAUCAGGAGUCCUGUGGUAGCUGGUGCAGUGGUGGCCAUGGAUCGACAUUACUUCCAAAACACUGGAGCUUAUGAUUCUGACAUGACCGUGUGGGGAGCAGAAAAUCUGGAGCUAUCUAUAAGGACCUGGCUCUGUGGUGGCUCUGUAGAAAUUAUUCCAUGCUCCCGAGUUGGGCAUGUCUAUAGAAAUCACUUUCCCCGUGCUUUCUCCUAUGAAGAGGCCAUUGUGAGGAACAAAAUCCGAAUAGCAGAGACCUGGCUGGGCUCUUUUAAAGAGAACUUCUACAAGCACGACACAGUGGCUUUCCUAAUCAGCAAGGCAGAGAAGCCAGACUGCAGUGAGCGCCUUCAGCUACAGAAAAGACUGGGCUGUAGAAAUUUCCAGUGGUUUGUAUCAAAUGUGUACCCUGAACUCUCCCAACCUGAAGACACACCAAGAUUCUCUGGCAAGCUUUUCAAUACUGGUGUUGGCUUCUGUGCAAAUUACAGACCUGGAAGAGCUAUUGCAGAAGGCUCUAUUGAACUCUCCCAUUGCAGUGACAGUCUCACCCAGCACUUUGAAUAUAACAGCAUGAAGGAAAUCCGGCUUGGUUCUGCUCCCCUGUUUUGCUUUGAUGUCAGACACGGGAAGGUUAUCCCUCAGAACUGUACAAAGGAGACAGAUAACAGCCACCAGCACUGGGAUGUCCAGGAGAAUGGAACGAUUGUCCAUGUCCUUUCUGGCAAAUGCAUAGAGGCAGCAAAGAAUGAAGAUGAGAAGUACUUGGUUUUGUGUGUAUGUGACAACAAUGCAAACCAGGUGUGGCAAUUUGAACAUUCCCGUGAGCUACAUCAGAGAUGACUGACAGGUCUCGGUGGAGGUCAAGACUCCAAAAUUUAACAUUACUUCUCUUUAGGAUUUAAAUACAUUUCCUGCUUGGACAAGAAAGAUGUGUUUGCUGUAGCAUGCAGGGAAGUUAGGAAGGUCACUCCUUUGAAAACCUGACUCAAAUAGUUGCCACCAGUUCCUGGCUUGUUCAGCUUUAGCUAAAAUUUUUGUUUAUUCUGUGAAGUAUGGAAUAAAGACACUGUGAGCAUCAAUGGAUUCUCAACUCUGCUAUUGCAGAAGGCAGCUAAGUUUGCCCUUUGAAGGAAACAUGGAAAAUUGGCUGCCAGACAGCUUGUCUUUAGCAUAUUCUGUGACUUCUGAGGAUACAGGAAAAUGAAUGUUUGUGAAACCUUUGAAACCGUAAGAGGAAGCCAGCCAAACCAGGAUAAAAGUUUAGCCUUGUUUUACAGUGCACUCAACUCAUAAAACAAAGUAGGUUUUGUAUUCAUAAAAGUAGUAGAUGUUUUCACGUGUUACAGCUAGAUUUUGUUUUUCCAACUAGCCCGAGCCAACUUUCUACCCUCUAUGAGAUUGCACAGAGCAUAAAUUAGCACUUAAUUAGGCACUAACUGCUCUAAUGGACUUGGAAUCCCAACAGUCCUCAGCAUUUGGCACACCUUUCCUAAAAUCCUUCAUCCACAGUCUCAUUUGGGUGGGUGAAUGCAUCUGAAAUAUUAACAACUUUUUUGUUUGUUUUAAUUAAAUUUAAGAGCAACUCUUCAGGAAACUUUUGUGGAAUAUGGAAGAAAAUUGAACUAGAUUAGAAGGAAGACUAACAACUUCCCUGCUUAUUUGGAAAUGGGAAGUAUCAGUGCCAUCCAAUUGCUCUUAUAAAGCUAUGGGAUGAACUUACUAUUAUUCCAGUGACAAAAGUGCUGGCUGAAAACAGCAAAUGAAGGAAAACAGCAGGUUCCAACAGUGGCCACCUAGGAGGAACAUACUGAUGCCUACUUCCACUUGCUUGCAUCCUGCAUUAAGUCUUUCAUACAGGGAAAGUGAGUCUUUCACACAAGUCUCAGCCAAGAUCUUGUAGAUUCUUGCUGUCGUGGGUCUCUGAGCUGAUCCUCAAAAGGCAAUCGCAUACAAAACUUUCUGAAUUUACUUCUUCUGCAGAGCCUGAAUCCCUGCUGUCCUCCUGUCUUUCAACUAAGUGAGUGAGAGCUGAUGUUAGGUGGUGAGAAUGGUCUCAUACAGUAUGCACUAGCAAAGCAAACUUCUAUCAGUAUUUUGUUUGGCACUUUCAAUUUUGAAGUUAAAACCAAUAAUGAUCAUACUUUCCAAGAGCCUGCUGAGACAGAACAAAGUUUUGGGAGUCUUCCCACAUCAGCACCAUGCCUGAUUUAUUGUAUAAAACAGUCAUAACCAAAUGUAUUUAUUAAAGGGGGAGGGUAUCAUCAAUGAAACUUGAUUUGUUUUUAAGAUUUUUUUCAAGAGACAGAAAAUGCUUUUGGUUUUUUUUAAAUAAAUGUACUACAUAUUGUUUGAACUUCAGAGAAAGGAAGGAAUAACAGAAUAUUCUGCUCAGACCCUGCCAGUCACCUGCUCUUGUUAAUCAUGAUAAAUCAGUUUCAAGCCUAUGAAAUUGGUUACAACAGAGGACCAGAAUAGCAUUCUGGGUUGUGUUGUCCUAGACAUUUCCCACUGGGGUCUCUGCUUUGCAUGCUAUAUAUUCCACACGAUGUUCAGGCAUCACUCUAAUCACCCUAAUUACCACUUACAUUUUCUUUGCUGGCAUCAUAUUCUAAUACCAUUUGCUCCUGUGUCAUUUAUUUAAAACUUCCUGUGACAUUCUUGAAAAUGCUUCAUCUUUCAGCUGAAAGGAUAGCAGCAGCUUCUUCCAGAACACCAAGUGAUCCCUGAUCAUUGCCCAAAUCUAUGUUGAGAAAAGAGAAUUUGUAAAAUUGCAUCAAAGCUGAGUGAAAUGCUGUUUUAAUUACACGUGAUUUUUUUAUUUUAUAUUGUAAGUAUGCCAGAUUUUUAAAUUAUGUAUUAUUUAUUAUAUUUUGGACUCAACACUGGGAAUAUCAUUCCUUCAGCAUUUAGCUUAAUGUUAAAAAAUGUGUAUAGAAAUACAAUAACUGAUCACAAGUAGGAUUCAUCACAAAGAAGAAUGAAAAUAUUUUUGGUUUAGAGAGGAAAUAUUUGGAAGUAAACUGACGAGAUGUGGACAUCCUCAUCUUACACUGCUUUUUAACAUAGUGAUAAGAACCUAUGAAAUAAGGUUUGCUGUAGAUGUAAGUACAAUAGAAAAAUAGGUUACAUGAUGCCUCUUCCAACAAUAAAAAUAUAUGGUUCAGUAACAUUUAGAAGAUUAUUGUUAUUAUACUUGUUGCUUUUAGUGAUAUUGUAAAUAUGUUUGGUUUCCAAGGGAAUUCAAGUCCACAGCACAGACAAGAAGGGAGCUGCAGUGUGGUCUAGGUAUGGGGACAGCCAAGGGACACAGAUUAUGGGUCAUACCAUGGAGCAUACUUCCCUCUAACAUAAAAAUAACUUGUUAUUACACAGGAAAUCCAAAAGGAAAAUAUCUAUCCCCUGUUUUUCCUAGUUUAUUUCCUGUACACCUUUAAAUGGAUUGGUUGGUUGUAUUAAUGCUUUUUCCCCAUUGGGGUCAUAUAUACUUUGUCCCUGAGGUUAGACCAUCAGCCAUUCUCAUGUAGCUUGUACAGGGGGCUCAACAAAGGGUCUCUGCUAAGGGUCCUGGUGUGUGUUCCUCAUUUUUGUGCAUUUUGCACACAACAGAGAUGCUUUGAGCAUCACAAAAUAUGGGAUUACUUUUAGCUCUGUAUUUAGACAGGGACAACAUUUCAGGUUCCUCUAAUACCCACUGACAGGCGAGAAAUUUAAGAACAAAAUGUUUCAGGCAAGAAUGGAGAAUCAGUUUGAACUUUGAAGGCCUCCAAAGUAGAGCCUCGGGCAAGAGUGAAGGAAUUCCAGCAUAACACAAGUAAACAUCUUACAGUCCAACUCCACCUGCUUCUUUGAAUUUGGCAACCCAGGCAUAAUGAAUGCUCUCAGCCAAACCCACCCAUGAAGCUGAGAUAAAAGGUCAGAUUCAAGAAGAGGUCACCUUGCGGUUGACAAUUCUCUAAAGAGACUGGUUUAUUCCUCUUCCAGCUGACUGGAAAUUGAAAAAUGGAAAGGUUUGAAGUAUUAUUCAACUUACUUUUAAACCUAGACCAAACUGACACAGAUGGUAGUGGCGUAGUUUGGGGGUUGUUUUAUUAUAUGAGGUGUCAUCACUAUCGCUGAGAAACAGAAUGACAGCAUUUUUCUCCAGGUGUGAACCUGAAGUUUGAACAGGGGGAAGGUUCAAAGCAAUGUUUAUGAUUAAUCCUGUAGCACAGAAAUGUUCAGGGUAUCUCUCAGUCCACAUGUGAGUACCUCCAGGUCCUUCGUUACGAGGCACUGAUUGAGCUGUGAUACUGUCUGCUUACCAAAAUACAACAGCUUCCAUGACAGAUUUCCCUGGGAAGGAACAGGGCAAUUCUGAGGCAACCAAGACAAGAACAGUAACAGCUUAGAUUUUCAUAACAGCUGGAAGGUGACAUGUGAGAGAGAGCUUGCAGAUUCUGCCCUUGUAUCUCAUUUUAUCUCCAGCAGUUUGAUUCAAAUUAUAGACAUGUUGGAAGAGAGUAAAAAAGGAGUGUUUUGCAAAUAUUGGUAAAUUCUUGGCUCGUGUUUUUCAGCUAUGCAAACCGCACACUUCUGCCCUGAAUAAAGUAUAUCAGUGCA